AUGAGAAACCAUACAAUGGUGACAACAUUCAUUCUUCUAGGACUGACAGAUGACCCAAACUGGCAAAUUAUAAUUUUCAUUUUUCUAUUUCUAACAUAUUUACUGAGUGUGACUGGAAAUAUGAUCAUUAUCCUGCUCACCUUGCUGGAUGUCCAACUUAAAACACCCAUGUAUUUCUUCCUUCGGAACUUUUCCUUUUUAGAAAUCUCAUUGACAUCUGUCUGCAUCCCUAGAUUCCUGGUCAGCAUAGUGACUAUGGAUAAAACUAUUUCCUAUGAGGCUUGUGCAACACAAUUAUUUUUUAUUUUUUGGGGUGCAUCACAGUUUUAUCUGUUGGCUGUCAUGUCCUAUGACCGCUACGUGGCCAUCUGCAAACCCCUUCAUUAUGCAACCAUUAUGAGUAACAAAGUCUGCAACCAGCUGGUUAUUGCCUCUUGGUUGGCUGGUUUGUUAACAAUCUCUCCAGGACUUAUUCUGGGCUUGAGAUUGGAAUUCUGUGAUGCCAAUAUUAUUGACCACUUUAUUUGUGACUAUUCUCCUGUUCUGAAACUCUCCUGCACAGACACCCGGGUCAUAGAAUUGUUAAGUUUCAUUUUAGCCAUUAUCUCACUCCUUACUACAUUGACAGUGGUCAUGUUUUCAUAUGCAAAUAUCAUAAAAACAAUUCUGAAGAUCCCUUCUGCUCAGCAGAGGAAGAAGGCUUUUUCUACUUGUUCCUCCCACAUGAUUGUUGUCUCCAUCUCUUAUGGCACCUGCAUUUUUAUGUAUAUUAAACCUUCUGCAGAGGAAAGGGUAUCUUUAAACAAGCAAGUAGUAGUACUCAGCACCUCAGUUGCACCUGUAUUAAAUCCUUUUAUAUAUACCUUAAGAAAUAAGCAAGUGAAACAAGCUCUGAAGAAUUUAGUAAAAAAAUGUAUGUUUACUACUUUGAAAUAA